AGUCAGCGUCACGCCUGGUUAUUAAUUAGGGUCCCACAAAAAGGUGUCGAGGUCCAGUGGUUGUGACGCAGGCUCCUGCGGCAAAGCCAGCAUCCAGUAUCCACCCGACAGUGGGAGCGCGCGCUCGCGCCCCGAGGCGUGCCGCUACAUCGCCAGCCUCGUCCCGCGAAUCGCUUCCAAAAUCGAUCUCAAUAUAUAUUUAGAAUUAAAAUAAAUUGUGCGAUACAGUCUUGUGCCAGAACUAUCUUACAUUAUUUUAGUUGAUGGUUUAUGAACUUUUUGUUUUACUAUUAUGUAACGGAUUCAAACUUUAUUCGCUGUCCGGUCACGUCAUGUAGCGGAGGCAUCGGGGCUUAACAGUAAGCCUGAUUAAAGUCAUCGAUGGCUCGUGUAUUGGAAAAUGGAAAAUUUUAAACAGGGGAUUGCGGGUCCUGGUAAAUUUGGGAUCAUGUUUAACAAGAUUUUCUUGACUUAAAAGUUUUGAUAUAGAUACGGAUUUACCGUUAUUGGGAUACCUGCUACAAUAUUUAAAAAACAAGUUAGUGGGACUGUACAAAAGUGCGCAAAAGUAGAAUCAACGAAAGCCGGCAAUCAGUUGGGACAUCAAACCAGUGUUAAAUCCGUGAGACAAACGAUACAGUGUAAUAAACGAAGGACUUAAGUCUGAUUGUAAUGUUAGUGAGUAGCAACGUUAUUGGUGCAAAAAUGCAAUGGGCCGGUGGGGGGGCGGGGGGCGUUCUGAUUGGCUGUCACAGUGAUUCAUUGCAUUCGAUAGUAAAGUUUCAUUAAGAGCGGACGUCCAAACGCCAAAAUGUCAGCAGAUCAAGAAACUAAUAGCAAAAUAACAAUAGCAGGGUCCGCCGUGGCCAUGAUCGGAGCGAACCUUCGCUUCGGUUCAGCAGGGGCUACUAAUUCUUCAGUGGUCAAUAACACGCGGCACUGCCCGCCAGGUGGCGCUGCGAGCGCUGCCGCCCUACUAGCACUCUCCAGUCUAGGAAUGUCUGCUAAUUUAGCAUUGAUGGCGGUAAUACUCAGCAAAAAGCAAUUGCGAAGAUGGUCUCAUGGUCUGCUGUUCCACCAAGCGAUUGUGGACCUCGCUCGGGCGGCCAUCUUGCUACCUCUCGGCAUUGCUGUGUUCCGGUGCCAGCCAGUAUACAAAUGUUCGCUGGUGGAAACCGCGUUUUUGCUCCUGGUGACAGUGUCUACAGUGAACAUGCUUACGACAGUUCUCAACGACAGUCCAAUUUUCCCCGAAAAUGAGGAGGAGCAAGCUGAUUUAUCGGCACCAUUACUGAUGGACAGCCCACAGUGCGUCCUUUUCGGCACAUUCAUGAUCUGGUUCGCAUCGAUAACGAUAAAUCUCGGGCCCACGUUCUUAUCUGGGGCUUUGGCUGCCAGUGCAGGCUCUUACGGGUCUUACGGGCCGGCUCCCUCGUGUCCCUUAGUGCGAGGACCCUUCAGGCAUUACGUGCUUAACGCUCUUUGGAUAGGCGUUAACGCUGUCUGCAUUGGAUUGACACUUUUCCACUUGAAAAAGCUCCACCGAGAUCUCACUAAGGCUAACGUAGAAGCAGUACGGGUAGCUGGUUUAGUGACCACGCUUGUCAGCAUGGCAGGUGACAACAGGCGGAUGGAUAACCUGCCCAACAGCGUCGGACCCAGGACUGUGGACGGUACUCUUUCGGAUGGUCGCCCAACGGGCAGUAACAAUCUCCCCCUGGGAGGUGGUCGCAGACUGCGGGGUUACCUGGCACGAGUGGAACGUGAAGGUGUCCGUCGAGUACGAAUGUUCCUCGUCAUCACUGCCGCAUACGUGCUAUUCUGGGGUCCACUGUUUCUGAUCACUCUGCUGCAUCACCCGGCUCUCACAUCGCACAUAGCUUAUGAAAUGUAUUUCCAAAUCACGCUACAUAUCUCAUAUGUCCACGCGGCGGUUAAUCCCCUGCUGUUCAUGGCUUUACAUCGAGCUUUACGGAGAGCGGCUUUACAGCUGUGCUGCGGUUGUUGCGUGCACUGGAGUCAGUUUGUGUUGGCUCUGACUGCUGCUGCCCAAUCACCACUAGCCCCAGCAUCAUUUUCACCUGCGGCCGUGUCUCCAGAGCCUCCUCCCGCGCCCCCACCGCCGAUGGCUCCUCCCGCCCCCCCGGCGCCGGCGCACUCCGCGCCUGCGCCUCACACGAUGAUGAGUUGGGAAGUUGAGGAGUGUGACGCUGAGAGUAUGUCGAGUGCGCGUGUGCAGGGAGACGAGGAUAUGAUGGGGGAGGCGUGGAGCGGCAGCGUGCGGCGGGUGGCGCGCUCGCCGAGCCCGCUGCUGCCCGCGAUCUGAGGCGCGCGGGGCUCGCCGGCCGCCUCGCCCGGCCCCUACGUGCCGCACCUGCCGCACUCGCCGUACAUGCCGCGCGCGCCGCCGCCGCCGUCGCCCGGCGCCCGUUUGUCCGACAUAUCCUACAUGUGGCCGCCGUAGUCGUCCGGUACACGAUCACGUUGUAAAUAUUCGUAAGAACAGUAGCGUCAUCCAGUUGUACAUACAUGUGUUGAGGUGUGUCUGUCUCAGUAGUCGUCAUGCUCUAAACUUAUUGAUGUAUAGAAAGGGUAUUUAUGAAUAUUACAAAAUUAUAUCUAAGAUAAUUUUAAACUUAGUAGAUUGUUGUAUGUGGUAAAUAUAAUUUACAAAGAUAAAUAUAGUUUUGAAUUGUACAUUGUGUAAUUUCAAUUCUUAUUCUGUAAGUUAUAAUAGAAAGCUAAAUUCUAAAAUCAAAAGGUGUUAGAACAAAUGUAUUAAAUGGCACUUUCGGAUGAUAAUUCAGUAGUAGUGACCCCGACACAAAUGAAAUAAAAAUAUAAAUAAAAUACAUAUUUUUGUGAAGACGUAGUUUGCGUGAAUCUCAUCAAAAGGAACACCAAGUAGAUAGGUACGUGUAAAAUAUAAAACAAAACAAACUGUAGAUUAGUAAGAGUAUUACUAAUUUUAUCAUUGGGUAUUUUCAUAAAACAAAUGUCAAACUAAUUUCGUAGUUAAAACGUGGCCAACAGUGAAACAUCUGUUUAAAGACUGAAUAUUUUUUUGUAUUUUAUUUUAUACCAAUAAUUUACUUAAGACACAAGUAUUGAAUUUUUACCGUUUAUUUUGUAUUUAGAUUUAUAUAUGCAUUGUUAUAUGUUUUUGGAUUAAAAUAUAUGUGCCAACCCAAUGUAUGAACACCCUUAUGAAAAUUAUGUGAGAUAGAUGUUAAGAUUUAUCAAUUUUUUCAACGGGACUUCUGACAUUUAUAGUUAAUUUAUGUUCGAAAAGUUUGAAUAAUUUUGUACAUAAUUGAAUUUACUCAAAAUAAUACUUGUAAAUACACCAACAAAUUUUAAUUAUUAAUUUAUGUAAUGUCAUCUAAUAUGGUGGAAAAUAUUCUUCGUAGAAAAUUUAAUCAUUAAUGUAUUUCAAAUCAAUUUUCUUUAGGUGUGUUUAAAAUGCACAGAAUAUAAAAUGAAAUAAAUAAAUAAAUGAGUCGUAAAUAAAGUCGUCCCGUUUACAAUUUAUAAUAAUAUACAAUUUUAUUAAUAUUAGGUUAUAUUAAUUUUAAAUUGAUGUAUUAAUGAUGGUUGUAAAGUAAGUAACUAUGUUGUAAAAUAAAAGAUAUAUAAACUAACAGAAAAUAUAAAAUUGUGUUCUUCAAAUUAUAAUAAAAAGAAUAUAAAUUAUUAAAAAUAAAGUGAUUUAUUAAAUGUUUUAA